GAUGUGACUUGGGAUUUUACGGAGAAAACUGCACCCGGUGUCCUCAGAACUGUUUGAAUAACACAUGUCACUUUCAGAUUGGAGAAUGUUUUGAGUGUAUCGGUGGAUACAUUGGACAAUAUUGUGAAACAGAAUGCACAGCUGGUAAAUAUGGUGAAGGAUGUUCUGCCCAAUGUGGACACUGCAUUAAUAAUGAACCGUGUAACCGCGUGAACGGUUCUUGUCCUGGAGAAUGUUCACCUGGAUGGAGGGGAGAUAAAUGUGAUCAAAAGUGUCGAUAUGGAUACUUUGGUCAGAAUUGUAAUGCUCCUUGCUACAUUCCUAACUGUAAAAAUAUUACAUCGUGUGACGCUGUCACUGGGGAGUGUAUGGAUGGCUGUAUUGAGAGUUGGGCUGGUAGGAAAUGUGACGAAUGUGAUCCAAGUUUCUACGGAGAGGAAUGUAACAUGACCUGCGGUGAAUACUGCAGAGGUAGGCUGUGCGAUUCUUCAACAGGUCAAUGUAAUGGAUGUAUCGAUGGCAGAUCAGGAUUUUUCUGUGAAACGGAAGUCGUGGUUGAUAAUUCUCGUGCAACUACAGACGGGAACACCUGGACCACACCGCCUUCGAUCGUCGUUUCAUUGUUAUCUGUGGCUGUGCUAGUGUUGAUAGCAAUAUUGUUUGUCAUUUUUCUGAAGAAAAAACACCAUUCCUCUAAACCUAACAAUAAUAGCCCUGUCUACGAACAAUCCAUAUCAAAAAAAGACAACAACGUGUAUACUGAUAUCCAUAAGGAUUUAUCGACUGAAUAUUCUGAGGUCGAAAGGUUUCACUAUAUGGAGAUAAGGAAUACAGAAAUUAAAACCAAAACGGAGUACAUUAAUCUUGAUCAACUAUCAA